GAAUGAAAGGUCUCCGCUGGUGUUACACUCGGCUGCCCAGCCAGGUGGAGGACGCCCUGUCUGGGGAGGAGGGUGAGGAAGAGGAAACGGAGGAGGAGACAGCCCCAGCCCCCGCUCGUGCUCCUGAAGAUCCAGCGGAGCCCCAGCGGGCAGAAGCCAGCCAGGUUCUGGGAGCCUCGGAGAUGAGGCAGAUCAGCCUCCACCUCCCCCCGAGAGUCGCUGGAUACUCCUGGAGUCUAGCCUUUUGCACGUCGAGGGACGGCUUCAGUCUGCGGAGCCUGUACAGACAGAUGGAGGGCCACAGCGGGCCGGUGCUGCUGGUGCUGAGGGACCAGGAUGGCCAGAUGUUUGGGGCCUUCUCCUCAGCUAUUCGACUCAGCCAAGGCUUCUACGGUACCGGCGAGAUGUUCCUCGUCUCCUUCUCUCCGCAGCUGAAGGUCUACAAGUGGACAGGAAACAACUCUUUCUUUGUGAAAGGAGACUUGGAUUCACUGAUGAUGGGAUGUGGCAGUGGCCACUUUGGGCUGUGGUUGGAUGGAGACUUGUAUCACGGGGGGAGCCACCCCUGUGCAACCUUCAACAACGAGGUGCUGGCCCGGCAGGAGCAGUUCUGCAUCAAGGAGCUAGAGGCCUGGGUCCUGAGCUGA